GGGAAGUUUCGGUUGGUUCGUUGGUUUCGGGUUUCAAACUCGCGGUCUUUCGUGGGACGCUCACCGAUGAGAAGGCGGUGGAGUAACUAGGUCGAGUCAAACGCCAAUAUGGCGAAUGUGAGGGAUAGUGACACUUCGUUGUGGCUCCACAAUAAAUUAGGAAUAUCAAACGAUUCGUGGACUGGAGGCUCUAUAUGUUCACAGUUAAAUGCCGAAGUUUUGCGCAACAUAAAAGCAUGUUUUCCGGACCUGCAAACUCAAGUCAAACUAAAACUUCUGCUGUCCAUUUUCCACAUCCCGCGCAGGAACGUUGAGGAGUGGCGACAUGAACUUGAUGAUAUACUUGUUGUGGCACUGAACGAUGGUGAAGCAUGGGUGUCUAUGUUAGCAGAAACUAUGAGAACAUUACCAACAACUGGAUCUCUAAAUUUAGAGAUUUUAAAUAAUGAUGACAAUCAGCGAAUAUUUUCUGAUCUUGUAAAUGACUUGCGAAAGUUAGUGAGAAAACAAACUGAUGGUGGAAUGCUGCCCCUUGAAUGCCACUACUUAAAUAAAAAUGCUUUGAUCACUGUUGUGGGCCAACAGCCUCAACCAGUAAAACAUUUUGCUCUGAAACGGAAACCAAAAUCUGCCACUCUUAGGGCGGAUCUACUAUCAAAAUCAGCUGAUGCUGUGACUCAUUUAAAAAAGAAUGCUGCUCCAACAGUACCGGUCCGAUCAAGAGGCAUGCCAAGAAAAAUGACUGAUACAACUCCCCUGAAAGGUAUUCCUAGCAGAGUUCCAACCGGAGGGUUCAAGUCUCCUGUUGUGAACAAUCAAAACAACCAGCGCACCUCAUUAGGCCGUACUCCAGUGAAUCGUAAAGAUGGUGGUAUUAAACUCAUUGAUAUCAAUGAACAACCUAUGGGAUAUGCUCAGGCUAAGAAAAGGAAGAGGUUACAAGAAACGGAGGAUGCAAGGAAAGCGUCCGAAGCUGCAGCAAGCCAACAAGCCACAAAUGCUGCAGCUACCCCAGGGUCUGGUGCUGCAAAUGCUGGCGCUGCUCCAGGCACACCUUCAACACCUGUCACACCAGACUAUGCUGCUGGUCUCGCACCAGUGAAUCCACCUGCUGCAGCCCAGUCAGCUUCAGCCACAGUCCCAACUGUCCUUACGGUUGCAAAUCCAGGCACACCUCAGACAGCCAUCCCGGCAGCAGAAACUGUUAUAAUUCUGAAUCCUUCCACACCUCUGCCAGCAUCAGCAGGGACAUCCAUCCCCGUGUCUCAGCCGCGUGUUAUUGCUGUCAAUACUAUUGCGGUUGCUGCGCCAGUGCAAGCUGCAGCCACACCUUCAGCACAACCUGUUGCUGCAACAGCCACUAUAGUGACACCAGCCACUGCUGGAGCACAGACACCCACAUCUGCAAUUGCUUCGCCUGCUGUAGCAGCCGCCUCUCAGGCUGCCACUCAACCUGUACAACCAGUCGCAGCCAAAGAAAGAAGGCAACUCUCUCUCACGAGAGAGCAAAUGGUGGAAGCUCAAGAAAUGUUUAGAACUGCCAACAAAGUUACUAGACCUGAAAAGGCUCUUAUACUUGGGUUCAUGGCUGGCUCAAGAGAUAAUCCAUGUCCCCACUUGGGUAAUGUGGUUACAAUAAAAUUAAGUGAAAGUCAAGAGAAUGUUCAUCAAGAAGGUAGUAUCAUAACUAUGAUGGUAGAGACUCACUUCCAAAUGAACUACAGUACUGGUGAAUGGAAGCGAAUCAAGAAACUCCGCAAAGCUGAAGAUGUUCCUGCCUUAGCCACUCCUGUUCAAGCAUCCACUCCUCAACAACAACAUGCAACUGCUUGAUUAGAAAUGUUAUUUUAAAACUCACAAAUUUUACCUGAGCAAGUUCAUCUGUCAACCAGUGAAUUAUUUAUCUCCCAUAUUGUGUUGCCAGACGUUUUGGAUCAUUUUUCCUCCUUUCAAUGUGCUCUGAAAUCAAUGCUCCUUACUUUUGGGCUAUUAUUCCGUGGUGCUAGAUCCCACCCAGCCAAUAAGAUUUUCAAUCAUCAUUCUUAAUAAAUCUCUUUAAUUUGUAAGGUACUUUGUCCAAAGUAUCAGUUUGUACACAUAUACUUUCCUGAAUAAACUUGUUUUGUAUACAGGUUGUUACCCAUCUAUUCUGAUUGAAGGAAGUAUAAAAAUUGCUUUCUUAGAUUAAGUUGUUUUUUUGGGGGGGGGACAAACUUGGCUAAAUCUACAGGAUGCAUCAUGAAGUGUUUGUGCUUGAUGUUAUGUUCAUCAACAAACAUGGAUAUGAGGAAUAGUGUAUGUUCUAAACAUUUCUCUUUCUUUUUAAGAAUUAACCAAAAUUUAUGGGUGCCCUGGAAAGCAAAGUUGAUAAUGAAUUUAAUUAUUCCUCAUGUAUUUGUUAUGUGAAAAAAGUUACCUACUGAUUUAUGUUUGACAUAUUUGCUGAACUAGGCAACAAGGCUUUUCUCUUACUUGUCCGUCCAUACCUUGUCUCAGUGAAAUUGCACCAAUUUUAUGAAAGUUAGAUAAAUUAACACUAUUCUUUCAAUUUGUCUGAUCGAGCAGCGGUGUAUUUGUGUGUGUUUCAGUUCUAGUUAGUUGUUUAUAUACUGGCUUCCAGAGUUUUGAGAUUGUAGAAGUAAGGGACUGUAUCACAAUUUCAAGUGUCUGUUGUCAAGCAGUUUAUGUCAAAACACACGUCUCCCUAGUCAUCUUGAUAUUUUGAUCAGCUUUCAUGCUUUGGUAAGACUUCAGUCGGACAAACCCCAAAUUUUUCAACUGGAGGCCUACUUUUAUGAAAGGUACACAUGUUCCUUUAAGUUGUCUGAUCAUGAUCUCAACUUUUGUCAACAAAUUUGUGUUCUGAAAUUUUAUGUCAGAUUGUAUCUCUUUUUUGUUUGUUUUUCUUGAAGGAUUUUUUUUUUUUAAUCAUUUGCUGAAACUCUUUUAGGUUGAUUUAAAAUAUUUAUAGAUAGAAGUUUAUUGAAUCAUUUUAUCAUAUGGUCUGAUAUAUAUUGUUGCCACCAUCACCACCUAAAAUAAAAAUACAAAGAGGACUCUCCUCGUUUGGAAUGUAACAUUCUUUCAAUAUGUCUUUUUUUUUCACCCUUUUUUUCCUAUUUUUAUUGUGUAUGGGAGGUUUGAUUGGAAUUGUGUGCAAUAGUCCUGAAGUGAUUAA